AUGGUUAUCCUGAUGCCUGGCGCUCUUGAGGGCCCCCCCGAAGCACCUGGAAGUCCAUCCUUCAUACCAGUCGAGCCACCGUCCACCAUGAUCACCGUCGACCACCUGCCGUCCUUGUUACCCGAUGAGCCCAAAGUCCACCAUGUUGGCAGUCCUCCCACGGGUUUCCAAAACCCAUGGCCGUCCUCUCCUGGUGGCCACGGCCGUCUCUUGCGUAUUCUCAGGGCCCGUUUCGGCAAAGACACACCAGAUUUUGUGCCUGUGCCCGACCGGUCAGAGUUGGUUCCUAUCCAAAAGAUCGACUUCUUCAACUCAGUUCCCGGAUUCAAAGUGACAUGGAUCGGUCAUGCCAGUUUCUGGUUGCAAACUUCCAAGCCACCAGGAGCAGCCCGAGGCAUCCAUAUCCUCUGUGAUGCCCUGUUCUCAGAAAGAACGUCUCCGGUGACCUGGGCCGGGCCCAAGAGAUACACUCCGACGCCCUGCACUCUGCAAGAAUUCCUGGAUGCCGUCGAGGUGGAUAUCGUCCUGAUCAGUCACAAUCACUACGACCAUGCCGACGCGAAUACAUUAAAGGCAGUGUACGCCAAGCGAAAGAAAAAUGUUCGCUUUCUCGUGGGACUGCACAAUUCUCGGUGGUUGACUUCCUUCGGCAUCGACCGCGCAUGCAUCACGGAGUUAGACUGGUGGGAUGGAGUCGAAAUUCAGGUCGAAGGAGUGGGAAAAGUGCGCAUCACCUGCCUUCCCACUCAACAUUCCUCUGCGCGCACCGUUUUCGAUCGAGAUCAUGAUUUAUGGUGUUCCUUCGCCGUUCAGGACUGUCAAGGUCCGGAAGGAAAGAAGGUAUAUUUCGCAGGUGACACCGCUUAUCGAUCCAUUCCCGCUGCCGACAUGACCCGCGAAGAGGAAGACCAGCAACCGGCAUGUCCGGCCUUCCAGCAGAUCGGCGACCUACUGGGGCCCUUCGAUCUUGCCCUUUUGCCCAUUGGGCUCUGUGAACCGCGGACAUUCAUGUCCGACGUCCAUGCCAACUCAUGGGAUUCGAUUAAGAUACACCAAGACAUACGAAGCAAGAAAUCAAUCGGUAUGCACUGGGGGACGGUCCGUGGAGGACUUUCGCGGGCUUAUGAAGAUGUCCGGACUCCGCCGAAACAUUGGAAAAUGGCAGCGGAAGAGGCGGGAUUGAAAUGGGGUGAGGAGAUUGGAUUGAUGGACAUUGGUGAGACAUUGGUCUUGUCUUGA